AUGGAGCACCUGCCCGAAGGCCUGUUGGCGCACCUCUUCGCUCUACUGUCGGCCAGGGACGUGCUCCAGCUUACCUCCACAUGUCGUGCCCUGAGCGCCUCCUCCGUGUGCGUGCAGCAAGCCCUGGAGCGCGUCAUUACGCGCGAGUUCGGCGAUGUCACGGCGUUCCUGCCAGCCGCAUCCGACCACUGGCCGCGGUCGCUCACCGUGCUACGUGGCGCCGAGAUGCUGCGCAUCAAGGAGCUACUAGCUCGUUCAGCCGCUCGCUCCUUCGAGGACGCCGCGCUCUGCGCGCCCAGCAGCGUCGUCGUCAGUCGCGCGUGGCUCGGCGCCUACAAGAAGCGCUGCCAGGCCUUCGAGCAGUUCCUGCUGCAGUUCCGCCGGACCAAGCGGCAACAGCGGCGUCAAAACGCAGCUAAAAAGAAGGAUGUCGUGGGCGCAGAGAAGCUCAAGCUUGUAGCUAAUUCGUCGCUUCAGGAAGCGGGAGCCAUGAUCGUGUGCGCGCACGACGCGCUGCUGCCAGCGGCGCAGUGCGUAGGCCGAAGCCGUCGCGCUAUCGUCAGCGGCGACGUGUUCAGGGAGAUUGCAGUCUACGCGCCAGAGCUGAGAGGAUUCACGCUCCGGUCCUGCUGCGACUGCACGUCGUGCGUGCUGGAGCAGGAGGCCAGGGAGCUGGAGGCGGAGGAGAGGAAGAGAGCCAGGUUCGACGGCGAGAUUGCAGGCUCCGAAGAGAUGCUGGAGCUGCUGCAGAGGAAGAACGGAUAUCCUAAGGGACUCUUUUCGCCUGUGGACACAGUGGGAAGCAGACAGCAGCAGUUGGCACCGCACCUGUCGCUGAACGGGCGCAGCAAGUAUGCCACGUACUUUCUGGUGCCCAAGAAGUGGCUGAACAAGUGGAGGAAGUUCGUGCGCAGCCAAGGGGACGAUGCCCCUGGGCCAGUGCUGAAUGCAGAGUUGGUGUGCCUGUCGCAUCAGAAGACGAUUGUGCCGCCAUACAUUUCGCUGUUCCUGUCAGGGUUCUCGCUGGAGCAAUCCCUCAAGGCCACCCAAGCGCUGGGCUCAACCCCCGCGCGUCAGUACGAAAUCGUAACGUUCGGCGAGUGGGAGGCACUGUACGACCGAUACUGCGCCGAGUUCGCUGUCGGUUUUGAUGUCAUUAACGGGGCGUAUCACUGGAGAACUCAGGAAUGCCAGAUCUGCAAUUACGGCAUGGGCGGCGGGCCAUCGUCUAAUCAGCCGAACUCGCGGCGGUGA